AUGGCAGGCGUUGCCUUGAUAUUCACUCUACUACGUGGACUCACAUGGCCACUGUUUUCUAUUGUCUACGGAAAACUGUUCCUGUUGUUAUCAAAUCCGGAUCCGGAAGCACUUGCUGAGGGUAACGUUCUCAACUCGAUCUUCUUUUUACUGCUCGCCAUCGGCUCCGGCAUAUGCACCUUCGCUUCUGGAUCUAUGUUCGGUAUCACUGGGGAAAAGAUGGCAAUGCGGUUACGAAUGGAUGUAUUCAAGGUCUCUGAUAAGAAAACUCAUCAAAAACCCUGGUGUCAAGCGCUCUACAGCCAAUUACUAUCAUUGAGGAGGGAGUGGGAUAUUCAAACGAGCGAAACAACGAUCAGGGUGGUAUCGAAACUUAAGCGCGAUAUUCUUGCUCUAUUCAAGCUGCUCAGAUAG